AAGCAAUGCAAAGCCCAUAAAAGAAAGUAAGAGAGCGUCAUAGCGGUAGAGGCGAGCAGCCCCACAUUCCCUUCGUCACAUCCUAUUCUCCAACAGAAAUCCCUCCGCCUCACUCCUCACUCAUUUUCUACUGAAGCUUUUCCCUGAUCCACCUCAAUUACUAUAGGAACCUAUCAUGAAAAAGAUUGUCAGAUAAUUUUAUCUGCUGUCCUGCUCGAGUACUUUUUCCUUGUUUCUAUCUUGCAUUAAGGCCCUGGAUUAUGCUAAAACAACAAAGCACCGUUCUUCGAUGGAGUGCAAGUGGUUGUGAACUGUCUGUUUUGUAUGGAGGUAGUGUUGCUUUUUUUCGGUUGCUUAGCAACUCACAAUGGAGAGAUUGGCCUCAUGGAAGAUUAAGAUGAUGCAAAAGUAAUAUGCUGCUGUAAUUGAAGAGAUUAUAUUUAAUGCUAUUUGAUUCGUGAUGGGUAAGGAAUAUUUGCCACAAGCAGUCAAUGGAGGUGUUAGCAAUGAUAGUUGCCCAAAUGCUGACAGUGAUGAUUCUGGGACUUACUCGCAAUGCAGUAUAGACAAGGAGGCAGGUUUGGCUACUUGUCGUGUGUGCCAGUGUGUUGAAUCUGACAAAAGGGGGGAUGCGGCAUUAGGAUUUUUGGGCAUCACUCCUCCCUUACCAGAAGCGGUUAAAAGCAAUGCAGAAGCUAAGCCUAAUAGCAAUGGAAUUCCAAAAGAUGUUGAAAGUGAUUUUUCCCAUGCUGAGAGUGUUGGAAGAGAAUCUGGGUUUGUUGAGUUCAUUAGCCCUGAGGGAGAGGUUUUCAUCUGUAGUACUGAUUUAGAAAUAGGCUCAUGUCAUCAUCAUGACGCAUUAAUUGAACUUGGUUGUUCUUGCAAAAAUGAUCUCGCUCUAGUGCAUUAUGCUUGUGCUCUCAAGUGGUUUGUUAGUCAUGGAUCUACUGUUUGCGAAAUCUGCGGAAAUCCUGCAAAAAAUAUCAGGACGUCUGACUUUAAGAAAGUUGUGGUUUCUUUGAAGGAUUAUGAAGCAUUGAGAGAAAGGACUGCUAGUGGAGAUCCCAAUCCUGCCCAAGUUCAUACAAGUUCAGGUGUAGACCCUGAUGCUGUUGCUGCUAUACUGAGGCAACGGCUAAGUGAGAUUUCAUUGUGGUUUAGUCCACAUGGUAAUAAUAACAAUAACAACAGUUCUGCUGCAGUCUCACAGGUUGUUUCUGAACAACCCCUGAAUACUUUCACUGAAGAAGUUGCUCCCACUGAAAAUCCUGCAACCAAAUGGGCUGUGGAAGGUACUGGAAUUCUGCUUGCGACAGGUCUACUUACUGUUACACUUGCAUGGCUCAUUGCUCCUCGUGUUGGAAAGAAAACGGCUAGGAGUGGUCUUCAUAUUCUCUUGGGAGGUAUUUGUGCCUUAACGGUUGUGGUCUUCUUUCGCUUUAUUGUGCUGACAAGGAUUAAGUAUGGACCUGCACGCUACUGGGCUAUCUUGUUUGUCUUCUGGUUUCUUGUGUUUGGUAUAUGGGCUUCAAGAACGCAUGGUGCUCAUACAACAUGAUUUGUUGGUAUAUGAUGCAUAUAAAUUCACUAUUAUAUUCUUUUUUGCUGCCAAAUAGUAAAUGUUGAGAAAAUUGGAUUUUACUAGACUUAAUGAAUGGCAGUUAUAAUUCAAUUUGAUAGAUCAUGCCUUUUGGGGUUUGCAUUUUUGCAA